CGGCGGAGGCGGCGGUUCCCAGCUGCAGAGUGUUCUGCGUCCUCCGCUCUUCCCUCCUGGCCUAGUCGCCGCAGCCCCGCGGUCAUGAGCCCCGAGCCGGUCCCGCCGCCUCCUCCCCCGCCCCCGUGUCGCGGCUGCGACGGCGGGGAGCCGCUGACCCAGCGGGUGGAGAAGGGCGACGAGGCCUUCCGCGCCGGCGAGUACGAGACCGCGGCCGAGCUCUUCCGAUCCGCUCUGGCCGGCCUCGCGCAGCCUGAUCGCGGCCUGUGCCUGCGGCUGGGAGACGCGCUGGCCCGCGCCGGCCGCCUCCCCGAGGCACUGGGCGCGUUCCGCGGCGCCGGGCGGCUCGGGGUGCUGCGGCCCGACGAGCUGGGGGAGCUGGCGGGCGGCCUGGCGCGCGCCCUGGGCCCGCGCGAGAGGCAGCAGCCGGCCGGGAAGCCCGGCGAUGCCUCCGAGGAGGCACCAGGCUGGAGGCCGUCGGCCUCGGCUCCCGCUUCGCCCCUGGACCUGCUGGGCUGCCCGCGCUGCCAGCGGCUGCUGUACAAGCCGGUGACGCUGCCGUGCGGGCUUACCGUGUGCAGGCGCUGCGCGGAGCCUGGGCCGGGAAGGCUGCCCGCGCGCCGGGUCAACGUGGUGCUGAGCAGCCUCCUGGAGAAGUGCUUCCCCGCAGAGUGCCGGGCCCGCAGGCUGGCGGGCCAGGCGCGGAGCCUGCAGCGCCAGCAGCAGCCGGAAGCCGCGCUACUCAGGUGCCACCAGGCCCUGGACCUGGCUCCUGAUGAUAGUUCGUUAUUGCUGCUGCGAGCAGAGUUGUAUUUAACCAUGAAGAGCUAUGAACAGGCUCUACAGGAUGCCAGUACAGUUUGUCAGAAUGAACCCCUUUUACCUAAGGGACAUCAUGUGAAGGCGCUGGCUCUUUCUGGACUGGGGAGAAGUAAAGAAGUGUUGCGGGCAUUUCUCUACUGCCUGGCUCUAAAUCCUGAAUCUCACUCAGUGAAGAAAGAGGCACAGAAGGUCAUAUGUGAGGUGUUUUUCCCAGCUUCUGAAAACGGGCCUCAGAAUUUACCAUCUGCCACCCAGAGCAGAAUAUUGAACACCGUGUUAAAGGCUCAAUGUCACGGCCAUUUAGACAGCCAGCCUCCCCCGGAGGAAGGGGGCAGUGCAGGGAGUUCUAAGAAUCCACCUGAGAAAUCUGAUGUUUUCAGAAGUACCCAUUCUUCAGUUUUAUAUUUUAUACUGGGCCUGCACUGUGAAGAAGAUAAGGAAGUGUUAGAAAGUAUCCUUCCAGUGGCACCCAGCACUGGCUUAAAGAGACAGUUUCCAAAUAACUUGGAGGAUGCUCGUGACCUGAACGUGUCUGGAAAAAUCCCUAAAAGAGAGGCAGAUUCCUCACCGCAGAGGGACGCGAGCUGUAACCCAGGAGAAGGUGCAGAGCUCCCGAUAGAUGUGGCUGACUUCGAGUGUGCCCUCUGCAUGAGGUUGCUCUUUGAGCCUGUCACCACGCCAUGUGGACACACCUUCUGCCUAAAAUGCCUCGAGCGCUGUCUGGACCAUGCCCCACAUUGUCCUUUGUGCAAAGAAAAACUUUCGGAGUUGUUGGCAAGCAGGAAUUUUAAUAUAACGACUCUGGCCGAAGAAUUAAUACUGCGCUAUCUGUCGGAUGAACUGUCUGACAGGAAGAGAAUUUACGACGAGGAAAUGACGGAGCUGUCAAAUCUGACCAGAGAUGUGCCCAUCUUUGUGUGCGCCAUGGCCUUCCCCACCGUCCCCUGUCCCCUCCACGUUUUCGAGCCCCGCUAUCGGCUUAUGAUCAGAAGAUGCAUGGAAACUGGCACCAAACGGUUCGGCAUGUGUUUAUCUGCUGAGCACGCGGGGCUCUCGGAGUAUGGCUGCAUGCUGGAGAUUAAGGGUGUCAGGACUCUUCCUGACGGAAGUUCUGUCGUGGAUGCCAUUGGGAUCAGCAGGUUCCGAGUUUUAAGCCACCGCCACAGAGACGGCUACAACACGGCAGACAUCGAGUAUCUUGAAGAUGAAAAGGUGGAAGGUCCAGGGCACGAAGAACUCUCCACGCUCCACGAUUCUGUGUAUCACCAGUCCGUGUCCUGGUUUACUUCACUGCAGGAUCACAUGAAAGAACAAAUUUUAAGCCAUUUUGGGUUAAUGCCAGACAGGGAGCCUGAGCCUCAGAGUAAUCCCAGCGGUCCUGCGUGGUCCUGGUGGAUCCUGGCGGUGUUGCCGUUGGAACGGAAGGCCCAGCUGGCCAUCCUCGGCAUGACCUCACUGAAGGAGCGUCUGCUUGCCAUUCGGCGAAUUUUAGUCAUCAUCACACGUAAGAUGAACAGUCGGCAAGAGCUGGUUAACAGCAGGGAGAGAAAUAAUUGACUUUCUCUGUCAAGGCUGCUGGAAGCCCUUGGGGUUUUAGGAGGGGUGCCAGAUAUGGAUGAGUCGCCUCCAUCCGUUGUGCUUUGUAAAAUGCUUGUUGAUAGAGUUGCAAAACGGAACACUUAGCAAACGUUGACUCCUGCUCACAAGUUCAGAGUCUGCAUAGGACUGUAUAGGUUUACUCUGAAAUUUGAAUGGAGCCCAUAGUUGGAAAACAACCUAAAAAAAAAAAAAUACUCUCUGAAACAGAUGCUUCUGGUGUGCAGAGUACUGGGAACAGGGGUCGGGGUGGGGAUCCAGAUGGUGGACAGUGGUUUAGGUUUUGCAAGAAAAAAGAGACACCUUUCCUAGAGAGGGGUCUUGCUUCUCCCCUCCCGACAGAAACAGCAUGCUUCUCCCGAUGGGAACAGCAUGCUUCUGUGGGUAGAUAGUAAGAGGAAAAGCACAUUUUUAUCUGGAAGCCUAUUUCUCUGAGUACACACUAACUGGAAACGUGCUUUUGGGCUUUAAGUGAAGUCACUGUGAAGUUGUCUGUGAAGUUGAGGCAUCCAGCCAUUGUCCCUUGCAAGGGCCGAAGUCAGUCCUUACCCUAGAAGUAGUAGAGAACCGGAUAGAACUGUGUUUUGUGUCCUGUAGUAGUUCAAACAUUGUAAAUUGCAUGUCGUAAUUAAAUGAAUAUCAAAAUACAA